AUGUGGCAGGUGUUCCUCAAUCACGGUCUUGAUAUCAAUGCACCGCUCGACAAGGGCUUGGCUCUACCACCUUUAGGCCACGUGCUCGCCGACACGGACAUUGUCCGGUGGCUCCUCGCCCACGGCGCGGACCCCAAUGCCGAGUCACACCACGGGCUCACCCCUUUCCUGAAGGCCGUGCAGGUAAGGCCUCUCGCGACCGUGCGUCUGCUGCACGAGGCCGGUGCGUCUCUCGCUAUCGCCGUCCCCUUCGUGUGUUCAGCGCCAGCAGCACAAGACGGUGAAACUGAGGGCGACGCUGCCGCGCGGCGCCUGGAGGUGCUACGUUACCUGCUCGACAACGGCGCCGACCCAGAAGCCCCCAUGUGGGCACACAACCGAUACGGCCGUGGCAACGACUUUGACUAUGGCUCAGGCCUCAACCGUGCCAUAGUCAGGCGCGCCGAAAACCUGGCCGAGGAGCUGCUGCGCCGCGGGGCGCGCACUGACUCGAAGACGAUGAAUAUCGCCUCGCGCGGAGAGACAGCCCUCGAGCUUGCUGCGAAGUACACUCCGCGACUGUUUCCUCUGGUAGCAGAGAGGAGGAAGGAGGAGGAGCUAGCUUCAGGAAGGGGGGCGCCGUGA